UUCCUUUCUGUUUGUAUGUUCUGAUGACCUUUUAUUAGCCUUCACUUGUUUAUUUUGUUUAAGUGUGAAUGAAAAAUGACUGCUCAAAGUUCCCUGAUAUAUUUCGACAGAAACACGUUAUUCUGCAAAAGGCAAAUAGAUAAUUAAGCGAUCUUGAUGCAUAAAUAGAAAGUGUUCAAGUGUAAUGUUUGCAACAUAGACCUCGGGGCUUAAAUAUUUGCCGCGAUCGCCUUAUCCGUGUGUCCGUGGGAAUCUUGAGUCCUUCAAAGCCCAUGUUGGGCCUAGUUUUUGUUUCCUUCGUAAACAGCGCUGUGCUUGAAAUUGCAAAUUAAAAACGUAUAUUUUGGUUUCCCACGUAGAUUCAAACGUUCUGUUUUGUGAAAAAUAUAAACAAAGUUUAACGGGACAAAGGCACAAAGUAUAUACCUUGUGCGAGUCCUGAGGAAACGCUAUCGGAAAAUAUAAUAUUCACCUUGUUUCAUUUUGAACUUUUACUAUAAAAAUCUUCGUCCUUUGCAAUGUAAGUCAUGCAAUUUGUCAGCUAUUGUUUCAACAUAUAAUUUGGAUUGUUUCGUAUUCCCGAUAAGGGAAAGAUUAUGACCAAAAAUCGCGCUGAAAAACAAUAUAUCUUGGCGUAUUAUUGUAAUAUAUCAUCAUUUAACCUUGUGCCAAGUUGGGAUCCUUUUCCAUCGUCGAUUUGAAUUUAUUCAAAAGUUUUGUUUAUUGUGUACUUAAAGUUUCUUCGCUGUCGGCAAACUGAUCUUUUAGACCGCAAAUGUUUAAGAAAUACUAUGAUAGGGCUGGAAAGCUACAACCAGAAUUAGCAGAUGCUUCUUAGUGAAUUCAUAACAGACGUGACUGACAUAUCAUGACAGAUGAUUGUAGAUGUUGUGACUUAAAUUGCAUGUUUUGCAUUCUAAGUAUGGCCAUAUCUGGAAAUUUAAUACAACAAUGUCCUUGACAUGAUUGAAAAUGAUAUCCUGUGUGUAUUAGGUUCGUAGAUGCUGCUGUCAUUUCAACAAAACGGGAAAUGUAAACAUACUUACUCCACAUUGUCGUUCAUAAGAGCAUUAAAUUCACUGUCAAUUGUUCAGCAAACUAUGCUUUGGUAAGGUUUGAAAUUGACACAGUUUGACACUUGUGGCAUUUGUGGUUUGCAUGUCUAACCACACAAGGUCUUUUUGAGAUGAAACUAGGAUGAAGCAUUUCGGAAAUCAUGGAUAUGAAUGGUGCUGGCCAUGAGCAACAUGACGGCCCAAGGGAACUCGAGAUAUUCUCAGAUGAACAAGUGGAAGAAGUCAUGGAAUCGCUGGAGUAUUUCAAGGGUAAAAUUGAGCAACUGCAAACGUACUGCGAGCAGGUGAACCAACGAAAGAUGCAGGUUGACGAAGCAAUGCUUGAACAGAAACGAAAACAUCACGAGGAGUUGGCAAAAUAUCAAAAGGAAAUAAGUCUGUUGAGAAACACUAACAUUCAGCUGAUGGCAAGCAAAGUAGCUUCUCCAGAAAAGAGAGGUAAUUUUUCUGUGUCUGCACUCAGCUGUGCUAUCGAUGCCGAAACAGCAGAGGCAAGAAUUCAGGAUGUCACAUCCAAGUUGCGAAGUGUGGAGCUGAACCUUGCUGAAAGAGACAAGCACAUAUCGGUCAUGGAAUGGCAAAUCAUGGAUCUUGAAGCGACAAUUGCAACAUUGCAGGCAGAGCGAGAUCAAAUGAUCCUGGACAUAGAACUUCGGCACACCCACGAAAACACAAUCACACCUGACCCCAUGGGUGAAGUGAUGGGGGAGGAAAGAGACUUUGGUGAUGAAAAUUCUGCCAACGCUCAUAGGAGGCAAAACCCCAUGGAACCCAUGCAGAACCAUAGAGAUUUAUGGGGAGAUGGUAACGAGAGUCUCUCUCUGAGGCAAAUGAUGAGUCUGUCGGCAGAGUGGACGGCGAAAGACGGCCCGGGGGGGAACAUGAGAAAUCCCCCUCAAAGACACUUCAGCGAUUGUAUGAAGAGGGAGGUCCGGGUUCGGAGUGCCGACCUCUCCCGACCCAACACGACGCACAGUCUGGAGGACUUUGACAAUUUGAGUGAAGUCGACAGCGGCUUAGGCCUGGGUAAGCUGACGCGAACCACGAACUUUUGCGACAUUCUCGAUGCUGACGAGUACAGCAACUUUCAUGUCCCCGACAACAGGCUGAGUUUUAACACGGACUUGAUUUUGGAGGAACGUGGGGAGGAAGGGGGCUCCCCCUUGCAACCGCUGUCCAAGAAAUGGGCCACCUUCGAGAACGGCUUAGGAAACGGGAGCUCGCUUGAGGGGGAGAUUCUAGGAUCUGAGGAAAAAAUGCAGAAUUCUGAGAACUUCGAGAUGCCCGAUAUUGAGGGUGGUUUCCCCCAUCACCCCCCUGGGGAGAAUGGCUCCCUUGGGAGCUCUACCAGCGACUUCAGUUCGGCGUUUCACUCCAGUCAAGAUAUUCUGCACAGUUCAGCGGACGAACCCUGGGUGGCGUCAAGAGAGGUCGUGUCUGAAAGCUCACCACCCACGAAUGGGGAGAAAAAGAAAAUUCUCUCAAGAAAGCAGAUUUCUAAAAGUGAUUCUUGCAUUCUUUCGUCCAGGGCAAAGUCCCCACCUUCUGAUAAAGAGGACAUGUGGAAUUUCACCCCUGACAGCGUUGUUAAUGUCUCUACAGGUGAAAUCUUAAUCCCUUCGUUGGUUGAAACUCCACCAUCGCCCUCUCUUAAAAAAUCACGCUCGUUUACAUCAAGUAUUGAGAUUUUUUUGAAAGGCCAACAGUCACCCGUUCCGUCCCGUCACUCACCGAGUGGGGAGGAUUCGUCAUCGAAGGAUAAUAUUGAACAGAUUGAGGAUAUUGUGGACAAAAGUGAGGAGGGACCCCAAGCGACCCCUGAGGAACCCCACACUUGUGAGAACGUUGUAUUACGUAAUAAGCCCGGGAGGAGAUUGUCCCCCCGGGGAAAAUUUCACGGGAAGUCAAAGUCCGCGUGCGAGGAAUCAACCUCGGGGAAAAACAAGGAGGAUGUUGAUAAUAAACACAAGAAAAGCCUCAGUGAUCCGAUUAAGAAAAGCGACGAAAAACGAGGUCGAAAAAAGUUAAUGGAGUAUCAGAAAUGGCAGAAAUAUGGAAGAAGAGGAAAGCCGCCUGCUGAUCUGAAAAUUUCAGAUUGUUGAAAUUCGGUUUGGUCCUCUUCCGAGGAAAGAUGACUUUCAGAAAGCCUGGGACCUACGUAUCCCGUGAUACUUUCAAUGCAAUUUCAACCGGAAGUUUUGUAAAAUUGCCCGCCAUUGGGUCAUAGUUUUAUGCUAAGUCUAAGUUGUCGUUGGUUGUAGAUAAAUGACAGUUCAAAACUGUUCUAAACUGUAAAAUGUAAUAUAGAUUAAAGCGUUGUAGUUUUAAAAUGUGUUCACGUCAGUCAUACCGUACUAGACUAGUAUUAGUAGUAACAACCAACAGUCAAACUAGCAGUACUGCAAUGAUCAACUGACAUUGAGGAAGGUUGGAAGUGAAACACUGAAUAAAGCAUUGCAA